GCCUCUCACACUCACGUGCUUAUAAACAGACCCCUACAGGAGAGAAACAGCCUCAGUCCCACAAAGAAACGCCAGUGGAUAAAAGGGAAAUUGCAGAGGAACUAAAGAAGAAGAGUAAAAGCUGGUUUUGAUGAUCACACCACAUUGCCAAUCAGCUUUUGGGGAUAUGAUGAUAGUUAUUGGCACAGGCGAUUCAGAAAUUCUGCAAUAAAAUCACACUAUUAGACCGUGAUUUCAACAGUCAGGAUCUGACUCUACAAGAGGUCUGUCGGUUUUUCAGAGACUGGUGCACAAAUUCCUGAAAAUAUAUUUCUUGCAUCUUUAUCGAAAUGAAUUUAGACUCGGUUGCAAUGACAGAUCUCAGUGGAAAGAUGCAUAAACCGGAGACAGUGUGCGUCUUUGGAACAGGUGAUUUUGGACGCUCACUGGGGCUCCGUUUGCUCCAGUCGGGAUACAGUGUUGUAUAUGGAUCCAGGGCCCCUAAAAACUCUCUGUUGCUGCCUAAGGGGUCAAAGGUCAUGACUCAUGCAGCAGCAGCUUGUGAUGCACAUGUGGUAUUCGUGGCUGUGCAGAGGGAGCACUAUAGAUUUUUGAGCUCCCUGGCUUCAGAUCUUGAGGGAAAGGUGCUGGUAGACGUUAGCAAUAAUCUCAAGAGGGGUCUGUACCCAGAAUCCAAUGCAGAAUACCUGAGCAGGCUGGUUCCAGGGGUGACGGUAGUCAAAGCCUUCAACACCAUCUCUGCCUGGGCACUGCAGUCUGGAGGACUAGAUGCUAACAGACAGGUACUUAUCUGUGGAGACUGUGCUGAUGCAAAACAGCAAGUGGUGGACAUUGCUCAAAGUCUUGGCUUCACUGCGCUGGACAGAGGCUCCCUCCGAGCGGCGGCUGAGUUAGAAGAUCUACCCUUGCAACUCUUCCCUCUCUGGAGACUUCCUCUCAACAUCGCCAUUUGUUUAACAGCUUUCAUAUUCUUCUACGCACUCACAAGAGAUGUUAUCUAUGAGCGUGUUACCAAUGGUAAAGACAUCGCUUUUCGCAUUAUGAUCUCGCUGGCCAACAAGGCCUUUCCCAUCGUCUCUCUGGUGAUGCUGUCCCUCUGUUACCUGCCGGGUGCAUUGGCUGGAUUUCUGCAACUUUAUAACGGCACUAAAUACCGUCGCUUCCCUGAUUGGUUGGAUCGCUGGAUGCUGUGUAGGAAGCAGCUAGGUCUGUUAGCACUGGCCUUCGGUUUUCUACAUGUUCUCUACACUUUAGUUAUACCUAUCAGAUAUUAUGUACGCUACAGGAUAAAUGUCUACACUAUAUCACUGGUAAAAGAUAAUAAUACCUAUGAGUUUGACAACACGGCGGCCUGGCGUUAUGACUCCUACUAUUCCAUGGGAAUUCUUGGAUUUGGGCUGUUUGUCCUACUAGGAAUUACAUCCCUUCCAUCUGUGAGCAACUCCCUAAACUGGAGGGAGUUCUGUUUUGUACAGUCCAAACUGGGCUACAUCACCCUGUUGCUCUGUACUGCUCACACAUUUCUGUAUGGCUGGGACAGAUUUCUGAAACCUGCAUCAUAUAGGUGGUGGAUGCCUCCAGCAUACAUGUUGUCUCUGGUGGUCCCCUGUGUGGUUCUGAUUCUAAAGCUAAUCCUGAUCACUCCAUGCGUGGACCGCAAUGUCACCCGUAUCCGUCAAGGCUGGGAGAGACAGGGCAAGAUAUCAGCAAAUGGCAGAGACACAAAGACAAACCAUCCACUCAUAGCAUAGCAAUCGUUUAACUGUAUGAAAACUGUGUGUUGGACUUGCCCUGAUCUCUUCUGCUGAAAGUGAGUUUAAAAUGUUGCAAUGAAAAAGUGCAGAGAACUAAGACUUAAUUGAGCAAUUGACUUGGGACUCAACUUGGACUCAAAAUUAGAGACAACACACAUCUUUAGGUCUAAAAGAAAGGAGACAUAUUUCCAGAAUACCACCAUUGUUUAAGCAAGAGGAAGUCCAUCAGGCACAAAAAGUAUUUCUUGCUUACUUAUAUUUUGACUGUCCCAUAUUUUUCAGUGACUUUUUCUACAGGUUACAGUGUUACACCAGUAGGUGAUGACAUAGCUGUGUAACCAGUCACAUGAAAUGUACAAUUUGUUAAAACAUUACUUCAUUUAGGCACAAAACAAGUCAUCAUCUUUAUGAACAAGUCAUUGCAGUCACUCUACUGAUUCAUUCAAAACACUGAUUCAGAAACUAAACACAUUUACUGCACAAUGCACAAUUCUGCUUUGGUUUUGUCUGGAUUUGAUCUUGUUGGCAGAGUCAUAGACUUUAGACUUGACUUGGACUCGUGACAGAGACUUGAGAACACAUCUGCUCAAGUGUAUGGAAGCCCAGAUGAGAGCUAGAGAGAGUUUGACUUCUCAAUACACCUCACUACACUGCUGAGCGGCAGUUUCAAAUUACAGUUAACCAACCGUGGGAAAUUCUUUGGAGCUGAUCCUCCAACUUACAUUGGUGAUUACAUCUCACAUGAUCUCACAUUACUCUAUAACCUACAAAUUGCAUUUAAGGCCUCUUUACACUUGGGACAUACUCACAAAUGCAUAUAUAUAUGUUUUGACCAUAUAUUCAUAGCGCAUCGCAACAUAACCAAUCCAUAUCAUCUGUGUUCAUGUUAGAAUUUGUCUAUACCCUUUAAAGAAUACAAAGGAAUACAGAAAUGGUGGGGCUUUUAUUAGAGCACACUUUUCUGUAUUGUGUAACGCACUUGUCUUUUUUAUUACCUGCUUCCUCUGGGCUGUUUCCUCUCAAGAGCCUCCCAGUGGGCUUUUCGCUUUAGAUAUCAUCGAUCCAAAACUGAGCAGCAACUUACUUCUUGAUCUGUUUCUGGGUCUGGGCUUUCCUGUCUGCAGGAAAGCUCAUCUUUCUCGCUCUUGUGAAGUAUAAAGGAGUUGUCAAUCACAUCGGCAUUCACCUUCACCGGUGGAUGGCCCUUUCUGUAUAGUGCUUUUAUGAAGAAUUGCAAGCUGCAAAGAGUGUAGCUUAGACCAAAAUAGCAAGGCUCAUUUUGUGACAAAUAUAAUUGAAAAUAUGUGGGCGCACCUUUGAAGAAAACUAAU